GUAGUCAUGACGUAAAUGAUUCAGGCAGCAGGUGAGUGUGGAGGUAGGGCAAAUAUUUCAAAGGCAAAAAUAGGAAAAAACACUACGGUGAAGGAGAAGAAGGAAAGGGAGGUCAUGGAGGCCAACUUGGAGGAGGAAGAUGAGACUUUUACCAACAUCUCGCUGGCAGACGACCCAGUGGACAGCAGAGCUGCAGCCCUGUAUACUAAGCCAGAGACCGAUCUCUUCAUCAUGAACUGCGAUAUAGAUGGGGACCUGGAGAACCAGGUGGAGAUGGAGGAGAAGACGAGGCUAAUAAAUCAAGUGUUAGAACUUCAGCAUACGCUGGAAGACCUUUCAGCACGGGUGGACGCGGUCAAAGAGGAAAACUUAAAGUUGAAGUCAGAGAACCAGGUACUCGGUCAGUACAUCGAGAACCUCAUGUCUGCGUCCAGCGUCUUUCAGACAACGGACACCAAGAGCAAACGCAAGUGAGUUGAGCCAAGGAACCACAUAAAGGAGGCGGGCCACGGGCUCCCUCAGACCUGGGCACAAAUUGAAAAUGUUGGUCACCUGUUCUGCUUGCUCUGACUGUGCUAAUUCACUUUUAAUCUGUCAUGUGGCACUUGUUCCCAAUUAUUAUUGCAGCAAAAUUGUUGGUGGAUGUGUGGAGCCCUCAUUUGCGUGUGCAAAGCAAACAGGUAGGCUCCAUGUAAAAAUACAUGUGUACGGAAAUUGUGAAGAGGUGCAAAUGAUUGCAGCUAACUGUAGAGUUUAAGUACAUUUUAAUUAACAUUCACAUUAAUAUUUUACAUGAAACUCCCCAGACAUGAGCAGAAGAUUAUCUGGUUGCUCUCCAUACUACAGAUGAGGGAGGGGUGCCACAUGACUGAUCGAAUUAGUCCAUUAAAGGUUCAUGAGUCAUUUUACUGUCUUUGAGGUCAUAACCUGGUGUCAUUGUUAGCAACCUGAUUUUCUGUUUUAAGACAAUGUGAUCCCAACUCCCUGAUUAAGCCUUCAACAUGUAAGCAGGCUGAUGAAACCCAGGCUCUAAUUAUUAAUGUUGUGACUUUAAUGUCUUUGUUUUUCUCAAGUCAUCAUGAGUCCACAUUGCAUGACUGUCAUGUUUUGACCACUGCCAAGCAGAACAGUCUUCCUGUAAAAUGUAUUAAAAUGGCAUGUACAUCUUUAGCCCCUGUUAGCAAAGCAUAUCUAUAAUGAAUUAUAAUUUGCUUUGCCAGUCAUACUAAAAACAUGAUUUGCUGCAGGUUGCUUGACGAAAAAGCGUUGAUCUGGAUGAG